AUCCAUCAGCCUUUCAGUUGUUUAAUCGAAUUUGCUUUCCGUAAUGCGCUUUAUAUAUUUUUCAAUUUUGUUGAGGAUUUGUAGAAAAGUUUACACUUUAAAUUUUGUAAUUUUGUGUGGAAUUUUGGUUUGAUCUGUGGGAUCCAAUGCUUAAGUGUGAUUGGAAUACGCGAUCUUCAUUAGCUCAAUACCCCGCAUUUUCGUGUUCUCAGCAUUUUGAUUUUGGACCGCAGAGAUGGCAGAGGAGGGUCACAAGGUUAUUCUAAAUGUAUAUGACCUGAGCCAAGGAUUAGCCAGGCAAAUGUCCAUGGCUUUCUUGGGGAAAGCCAUCGAGGGCAUAUGGCACACGGGAUUGGUGGUUUAUGGUAAUGAGUACUAUUUUGGGGGAGGCAUACAACAUGCUCCUGCUGGGUCAACGCCAUAUGGGACACCGAUUAAAGUGGUAGAUUUGGGUGUGACACAUGUACCCAAGGAUGUCUUUGAGAUGUAUUUGCAGGAGAUCAGUCCCCGGUAUACUGCUGAAACCUAUAGUUUGCUUACUCACAAUUGCAACAACUUUAGCAAUGAGGUUGCUCAAUUUUUGGUGGGUGCAACCAUUCCGGACUAUAUUUUGCAGCUUCCUAAUGAAGUUAUGGGCAGUCCAAUGGGAGCUCUUAUUAUGCCCAUGAUACAGAAUCUGGAAGCAACGUUGAAAAGUGGUGCUGCUCCUCAAGCUCCACAAUUCCGGCCUCCUUCCAUGGUGCAACCAACAGCUAAUAUUGUGAAAUCAUCAAGUACUUCGAGCAAAGAGACUGGUGAUAAAUCGAAAUCUGGAGUGCAGCAGCUCACCAAGUCGGAGGAGCGGGUAGCAUCAGGGAGUGCUGUUAAACCUCCCAACGGAGUUGUAGAUCCUCUUGGGGAUGCUCGUAGUAAGGUGCAAGAGGAGAUCUCUGCUGAGUUUGCUGCGAUCAUGGCCAGUGGAACACUGCGUGCAAGCGAGGCUGCAGCCCUUGCAACGAGAAAAGUGAUGCAGAGAUAUGGUCAUGCAGGUUCCACGAUGUCACAGAGUUAAGGGUUUGCGUUGUUUCAGAGUUGUUUGAGUUUGGCAAUUAUUUUUGGGAAGCCAAGUAAUCAACAAUGUUACCUGAAUGAAGUUGAGUACGUCCUCCGAUGGAUGAUCAGACGGUUUUGGUAAAUUUUUAUUGAAUAAUUAUUGAUCUUAUAGCGUUCAUUUGUGGCCUUGUCGUUUCAAAAUCUUAAUGUUUACUUGUAGACAUAUACUUUGUCCUCGAAAGGGACUCAUUUGGAUUUGGAGUAAUUUAUUAUUGAAUGGCCAUUGUUAA